CAAAGUAAGUAACUUUUGUAUGUGGACGCGUCCAUAUACUUAUGAAUCUCGUGUGGAUUCGCUUCGAAGACCAAAAUAUUUUACACACGCAUGCACCCAUCGCUCCCGGACAUUGCUUGCGGCAAUCGUAUGCUCCUCGUAUCGGUAGUCUUGGAGGUGCUAGAGGUUUGGGAUGACCUCGUUUAGACUCUCUUCCCGAGCCUCCCACUCGCUUCUCUCUUCUUUCUGCAGAAGAAGAAACUUGACUGUGUUUCCGUCUCUUCAAAGGUCGCAAUGCUUUUGCCAAGAAUUGGGUCCGAGUACAAGAACGAGCCGCUUCUCUGGUGGGGCUUGUCCCAUUUUUCAAGCAUCACGUAUGUAUGCUGGUGAUGAGCGCAGAUAUUACAAUCUCUUUAAUGGAGGUAAGCCAGGAGAUGAAGAAUUCAGGAAAUCCUGGAGCCAGGAGAUGGAAGAAGACACUUCCGUAUGGACAGGAAGUGAGGAUGAAGGCGAAACUAAGAGUCGGAACAAUCUUGAAAGAAAGAUUCGUAAAGUCAGGCAAGAGGCGAAAGAGCAUUCUGACCUGAUUGAUGCAGAUGAUAGUGAUGAACUACAUAGUAUAUGGUCUGAUAGUGAUGAGGAGAAGACAUUGUGGACCGGCAGUGAGUGCGACGAUGACAACGACAUUCCUACUGAAGCAUACCCCAAUGAAGCCAGUGAUAAGUACAUAGACAAGUUAUUCGAGUUUGAGGAAAAACCGAAAUACAGGACGAUCUCAGAGCUGCUGAAAUCUGAAAAUGAACCAGAAGAGUUGUCCCCUGGGAAGAAAGCCCGGAAAAUAGCAGUUGAGAAUGCCCUGAAGAAAUUGAAAAAGGGACCCGAUGGUCGGUAUAUUAACGUGUGGGAAGUCAUGAGUGACUUGGACAUUUUAAUUGGAGCUUUCGAGAAUAUAGUUUCUGGACCCGAGUACGAGGAACUCAGACAGGGAGGGCCUAAGAGGUUGAAUAUGCAGUUCUUCAAGGAUAUCCAAGCACGUAUGAGGGAUCCGAAUUACAAGUUCUCGCCUGAAUUGAAGCUGAAACCAAAGAGCAAGCUUGUUCUGAGGAAGAAAUGGCAGAAGGCGCAAUCCAGGAGGAGAAAAGCACAAAAGCGCUAAGUAGCUUCUUUUCAAUUUCAAAGCCAAAACUACCUGUGUAAGCUGCUUCUUUUCAACCAUUAAACCACCUGUGUUCUGAUUACUACGUGCUUUAGCGUAAUUCUAUGAUUCCAAUGAUUGGUUUGGUUGUUCUAUAACCGAUACCAUACUAUUCAUACAAGUAAGAUGUGUUACAAUGGGUGAUUGUGAUAGAGAAACAGUACAGAAACCUCUAGGUUGGGUU